UCUCGUUCAGGUCACGUGACUCGGAGACGUUUAUUUUUCCCCAGCAAUGGCGCCAACCCGUAUAUGUGCUGUUAUUUGUGGCCCCUCACCGCUCCUGGGACGCCGCGAGGCCCUCCGAGGGGUGUGCUAGAGGGCGGGAGAUGCGGUGCGCGGCGAGGACGUGGCCCGGAGAGGAAAAAGACUCCCCUAUACAUAGAGGCCUAAAGGAGAUAAUGAACCAGAGGUGAAGAGGAGACAGAAGAAGAAGAAGAAGAAGAAGAAGAAGAAGAAGAAGAAGAAGAAGAAGAAGAGAGAGAGUGAGAGAGAGAGAGAGAGAGAGAGAGAAUCAAGAGGAAAUAAAUUAAGAAGAGUGAGAGGAAGAGAAAGAAGAGAAAACCUUACCCAACACACUCUUAGAAGCAGCGCCACCCGCCACGCCACACGCACCACACCACACCACACCACACACACACGCACGCACGCACACAGCCACCACCACCACCACCACCAUGUCUACACGUAUCAAGAGGCAGCUCAGCAAGAGUGGCAGCGGCGGCGGGGGUGAGGGAGCGGCGGCCGGGGGCGUGGCGGCGGCCCCCGUGUCAGCCGCCGCCGCCGCUGCCGCCACCACUGCUGCUGCCGCGAGACGGAAGCGGCGCGUUGACAACUCGGGUUCGGACGAUGAGGAACGCUCGGUCUGGACCCCAAAGCACCUUGGUGACCUGAGGGCGUACAACAGGUCUGCCUCGGAGGCCCCAGCAGAGCUGUUCCGCAAGGACCUCAUCUCGGCCAUGAAGCUGGCAGACAAUGAGCCGCUGAGUUCAGACGACUUCUGGGGCAUCGGGGACCCCUGGCGGCAGGAGUGGGAGCGUGGGGUGCAGGUGCCCGUCAACCCAGACUCCCUCCCUGUGUCAUCUGUCACUGUCACUGUGCACAAGCCUGUCAAGGACCGUGAGGCAAACUUCAGGCUCACAAAAGAGAAGUUUAUCCGGGUGAACCACGAUGAGUUUUUCAGCAAUGAGCACCACAUUCUGAGCAACCUUCCCACCAAGGCAGAGAAGAUGUGCCGCUAUGACAUGGACGACCUGGACGACAAGUGGCUCACGGCAUACAACGGAGAGCGCGCCAGGAUGGGAGCGGCCCCGGUCCCCCCGCUGAUCUUUGAGAUGAUCAUGGAGCACCUGGAGGAGACCUGUGGGGAGAACAUCCACAAAAUGCACAAAACCGAGGAAUCUCUCAACAUCGAAUUUGACGAGGAUGUGAUAUGUGACGUCUGCCGCUCGCCUGACAGUGAGGAGGGGAAUGAGAUGGUGUUCUGUGAUGCCUGCAACAUCUGCGUGCACCAGGCUUGCUACGGUAUCACUGCCAUCCCCUCCGGCUCCUGGCUGUGUCGCACGUGCUCCCUCGGCAUCAAGCCAGACUGUGUGCUGUGUCCAAACAAGGGCGGAGCGAUGAAGUCCACCAAGUCAGGACAGAAGUGGGCCCAUGUUGCCUGUGCGCUGUGGAUCCCGGAGGUGUCCAUCGGCUCAGUGGAGAGGAUGGAGCCCAUAACCAAGAUACCCAAUAUACCUCAAAGUCGGUGGGCGCUGGUGUGUGUGCUGUGCAGGGAGCGUCGCGGCGCUUGCAUCCAAUGCUCCGUCAAGACCUGCAAGACAGCCUACCACGUCACCUGCGCCUUCAAGCACUGUCUGGAGAUGAAGGCCAUUAUCGAGGACGAGAGUGCUGAUGAUGGAGUCAAGCUGAGGUCAUACUGCGAGAAGCACAGCGUGUCAAGCAAGAAGCUGGGAGGGCCAGAGGAGACGGGGGACAGCGACGAGGUGGAGGACGACACUACUGGUUCCCCUAAACGCAAGAAGGACUGGACGUCGGAGCAGAAGAACCAAGCAAGGGCGGCCAAGCUGAGGCAGAUCGAGGCAGAGUUUUACAAGCACGUCAAUCCAAAGGAGACGGCGAACUUCCUCGACAUCGACCAGGAGACCACAGAAACCAUAUACAACUACUGGAAGCUGAAGAGAAGGGCAAGUUUCAACAAGGCUCUGCUGACGCCGCGCAGUGAAGAGAUCGACCUUCUGUCACACCAGCAGGAACACGACAUUGAGAACAUGAAGAUGUGUGUCCAGCUGCGCCAAUACCUUGAAAGGGUGAGGAACCUCUGCUACAUGGUGAACCGGCGAGAACGUCUGUCCCGGUCGUUCAUCAAGACACGGGAGCAGACAUUCUCCAAGCAGGCGUGUCUGCUGGCCAGCGCGGUGCUCAGCCCCCAGGAGGCGGCUGCUGUGCUGCAGGCCAACCACGGCCCCUCCGUGUAUGACAACAUGUACUCCCACCCUGGGGCGCCGCGGCCCACACCCAAGCAGUUUGAGCGCCUGGUGGCCCUGAUGGCUGGCACACUGGUGGCUGACAAGCCACGGCCACCUAAGAGGCCACCACAGCGCAAGGACGUCAAUGGCUUGGUGCGGCCCAAGAAGGAGCGGCCGGCAGAGAACCCCUACAAACGCACCUACGUCAAUGGCGCUGAGCAGCGGCGCUCCAGGUCAUCCUCCACUGCCACCACCACCGACAGCGACUCGGACCUGCCGGCCACCAAGUGGAGUCUGCCGGCCAAGGGUCCUGCCCACAACUCGGUGUACACUUCCUCUGAGGAGGAGAUGAACAAGGAGAACUUCUCCCUCAAGGUGGAGCCACCCACACCCAAGGUCAACAAGCUUUUUGAUGCCCCUGAUAAAGACAAGGUGGAGGCAGGAGUGGCUGCUCCCACCUGGGGCCGGCCGGGACGGCGGCAACGUGGCACGGGGCGCCCCAAUGCACUCAAGAACAAGAGUUACCGGACAGUGGGCGAGGACCGCAGCGCACGGGACUUUGAUGCCCUGCUGGGCACCACUCCCCUCAAGAAGGAGGCUGAGGACCUGCCCCCGCCCCGCCUUGACACCUCGGAGGAUGAGGCCGCCAAGCCCCAGCCACCCCUUGCCCGCCGCCGCAACAAGAAGAAGGUCACACCUCCCAAGGUAGAAUCCAGCGGCAGCAGCGAGGAAGACACGCCCCCUGCUCCAGCCCCAGCCCCUGCCCCACCACCCAUGCCCUCCCCCACCCUUGCCAAGGACAAGAAACAAGUCUCACGGCGUGGCAGGUGGGGCAGGGCAGGGGUGGGCAAGGAGGAGCCUGGCGUGGCCCCCACCAGCCCUGGGCCAGUGGGUGGGGCAGGUAGUGCAGUGCCCAAGCUGGAGCUUAGUGAUGAUGAGGAGCUCGCUCCGCCCACCUACCGGCUGUCCAGCGACGAGGAUGAUGAGGAUGACUCUGCGGGGCGGCGGGGCGGAGUGAGUAGUGACGCCGGAGACCACUCAUCAUCAUCCUCGGCCUCUGAAGCCCCUGCCCCACCCAGUAAGAGUGCUCCAGCCAGUGGUAGUGAGGCAGACAGUGAGGAUGGGGUGGAGGGUGGGGUGGAUGGGGCCAGUGCUGCUGCCACGCUCAAGACCAAGGCUGCUAAGAAGGAGUUCACACCCAAGAUCGAGGCACGGGUGGAGAGGAUGAACAAACGGCGGGGCGGGCGGGGUGUGGCGCGGCGGGGUGAGGCAGUGGAGGCUGAGGCAGCCCCGGGGCCACUGCUGGUGCCCCAGAGGAUGGCGGCCAAGAAGGCCUCGGAGCGCAUCACUAGUCAGAACACCACUGCCCCUGUCCCGACUCCCACCCCGCAGGACACGUCCGCCCCAACCCCGGACACCACCACACCAGAAUCCAAGCGCUGCCUUGGCCGCCACUCCAAAGACGAGGUGGAGGAGCCACUGGAGGAGGAGAAGAAGACCUCCCCCACCAAGGGCAGAAAGACAAAGGCUCGGGACCGCCUGCAAGAUGAGGCUCCGCCGCUUCCACCACCUGCUGCAGAGUUGCCCAAGAAGGCGCUGUUUGAGCCGCCUGAGAUCCUGCCCUAUGUGCCCAUGCGGCAGGCUGCCCGCAAGGCUGCCGAGAACCUGAAGGGUGGCACCAGCAAGGGCCCCGCGCCACCCCCUGUGGAGCCUGAGGAUGCAGAGCAGGCAGCCAGCCCUGCGCCUCCCCCUGCCAAGGCCAAGCGCACCUCCCGCCAGGAGGCACGGGUGGCCGGCCGUGCCAAGUCCAAGUCUCCCCGGGCCGCCAAGCUGCUGCCCUCCACAUUGGCGUCUGCCCCUGCACCCUCUCCUGCCCCCCCACCCCUGCCCACGCCCACACCCACACCCACACUUGCCACAGACUCAGAAUCUGAGAGUUCCCCGGAGAGCCCUGCCCGACCCUCCCCACCCCGCCACCACUCCACCAGAGAACCCCGGGACCUGCUCAAGGCAGCCAAGUCCAUCUUCUCCGACAGCGAGGAAGAAGGCUCGGCGGCUGUGCGUCGGGAGCGCCCCCCUGCUGCGCCUCGGGGCCGCCCUGAUCCCCUGCUGGAGGCAGCCAAGGAGGCACACCCUGGGGAGCAGUUUUUUCGUGGCGAAGUGUUUGUGCGGGAGUACCAGAGCUCCUCCUCAGAUGGGGAGUCAGGGGCGGGGCGGCCUUCCACCCCGGGGCGGCCCCAGGGUGACGAUGCUCCCACCAGAGGCCCACACCCCCAGCCCUUUCGUGGGUCACGGGUCUCCGGGGACCUCCGCCUCACCUCCUCCUCAGACAGUGAAGGGCGGGAGGUGGAGAACCAGGCGCCUCCCUCCGGCCCCGGCCACGGUGCUGGCCCCCGAAGGACGGCCCCCGACAAGAAGCUUAAAACUUCCGAUGGGCGGCCUGAACACGGGUUUCAGCCGCCGACUUCUGAGAGAGGUGAACCCAGAGUGGCCGCGGAGGGAGGCCGGGGUGGGGCCCGGGGCGGGGCGGGGUCGCGCCUCAUGCGUCACUGUCGGGCUCAGUGCAGACCGAGAGCUUCUGCUGGUGACCUCGCCCUGCAAGACCUCCCGGGUGACGCUCAUGCGCCACCCGCCUGGGGACCCGGCCCUGCCACACGAGAGAGAGACUCGGGGAGAAGAAGAGAGAGAGAACCUGCUGCUGGUGCCCCCACCCUCUCCCUC